CUCCAUUCCACCUCCAAUCCGCGCGACCUGAGCUCCUGCCGCCUUGGGGCCUGACGGGACGUCCCGUGUCUGCCUGGCCCGUGACAGGUCAAAGCCAUACCACUCCUCCGAGGACGAUCCAUCUGCACACUGCCCACGCCCACACCACUCGUCGCAUCCGACACCCACGACCUCUCCGCCUCAUUCAGCCAAGCUAUGAACAAGAACAAACUCGCGCCGGAAGUCAACCGUGCACUCUUCGUGAAGAACCUGAGCUACAACGUCUCCACCGAGGAGCUAUUUGACCUCUUCGGCAAAUUUGGGCCUAUCCGUCAAAUCCGCCAAGGCAUCGCCUCCAACACCAAGGGCACUGCAUUCGUCGUCUACGAAGAUGUACUAGAUGCCAAGUCGGCCUGCGACAAACUGAACGGCUUCAACUUCCAGAACCGCUAUCUGGUCGUCCUCUAUCACCAGCCAGAAAAGAUGGCCAAGAGCCAACAAGAUCUCGCCGAGCGCCAGCAGAGAUUAGAAGAGCUCAAACAGCAGCACGGGAUCUCGUAGGGGUGCGAGGGAGUUGCAGCAGGUGAGACCAAUGCAAGGCCGGGUUCGAUAGGACCCGUCAAGCGCAAGGACUCUGGCUACAGUUCGUCGGAGGCUGCAACUCCCAUAGCACGAGAUUUCGCUUUUCCGCACAACGGCGACAUCCAGCAGAACAACCACGAGAAACACGACAUGGCAAAGCCGGCCGCAAGUAUUAGAGGCAAGCAGCCUAGGCCGGCAACGGCAAACUCGGUCAAGGCCGUCAGUUUUCAGGAUCAUCCGAACAAGGAGAACAUGGGCAUGGGAAGGCGUUUGAAGGAUGCUAUGCUCACCACAUUUGGCGGGCUUAAGCAGUAGUAGCUGCGAGAGGAGAAGGCGUUAACAUGGUUGGAUGGCGACUCGCCCUAUUACGAUCAGAAUGAACAUGAGCAAUUCUCGCGAGGCUCAGCCUACCUACUACCAUGCCGCUUCAUUUCCCUGUUCCCAAAAUCGUGUCCUUUGUGUUCAAGGUGGCACUUGAGGGACUUCCAGUAACACCCGACACUAGCAUACCACGUUCCCUCUUUGCCCUCAUUUCUGUCUUUACGGAAGCCCAGUGCGAGCCCUAUGCCGUCACGCAAUCGCAUCCCCGUCCAUCUUCUCGACUUUCGCAACCUCGGCGCCCGACUUGGCCUUCGUCAUUCCGUGAUCGCUCCACUGUACGCAUUUAGGUCGCGUUGCACGCACAAGUUGAUCACUGCGUAUGUGUUCAGUAUAUGUAUGUAUGCAUUUGGCAGAAGGCCUAGAUUUAUAUGUCGGUAGUUUUGCG